AUGUUCAGCCAAGUGGCUAUUGAUUUCGCACGAAGCCUUCGACAGAGAGACUUCUGGGUCAUCCUGUCGCACUUUAUCAAGGAUCAUGCGGAUUUCAAAUUCAAAGACUCCGGAACGUACGAGCACAUGUUGAUCCUCGAUGCGCGGCCUGCGGAUGCAGAGUAUCCACGCUUGAACGCAUGGUUGAACUCGACUUGCAAUCAAGCAAGUCGAACGGUCCUCCUGAUAAGCUCCAAACACAACGACCACUUCAUGCAAACACUGCAAAACUUACAACUCCAGUAA